UUUUCAGUGAUCGUGCGCCGACGGCACUCAACCCGUGACCUCCGGUACAAUUUCCUAGUGACUAGUGUUGUGUGAACUUUGUCCCGUAUGAGUAAAGGGACGGCAAGGAUCACGUUAGCCGAUAUCGGCUGGUCGCAGGUCGAACGUCAACACCCAUGUCAUGUGACUAGCUACUGGCUGCUGUGAAUUUAGCCAAGUGAUAAUAAUGCAAUGAUUGUACAAUGUACCCACCUACAUGCACGGUGGUAUUCGUGUUGUGCAAUGGACAGUGAAGCAUUGUGACUUUGGUGAGCACGUGGAAAUGAAAAGAGAAAAGUACAAGGAGACGCUCUUUGGAUUCCGGCGUGGUGAGCGAUGAAGGGGUGGUUCGACGCUUUCCGCGAGGAAGGCGGGCCGACCCUGUACGCUUACCACAACCGCACCGCAGUCGCCGCCGACGUGCCUGCGCUGGCGCUGCUCGUCGCCGCGCUCACCCUCUACAUCGCGUUCCUUGCUGUGUUCCCCGGAAUCCGAAAAGAGAGGUUUACCACAUUCACGAUAGUCACCCUUAGUCUCUUCGUGGGCACUGUGAUUUUAGUAUGUAAGCACGGAUCAUCGUGGCACGUGUCAGGGGCGCGCGUGUCGCGUGCCGCAUACCGCGCCUUCUCCUCAGAACGCCUCGACUGCUGGCUCGCCAUUCAUGUCGGCUUGGGCCACGUCAAUGUUUCACUCACUGCAUUGUCAUGGGGAAACUUGUCAAAAGGAGACCCUGGCGUGGACUACAAUGAACAGUUCCAAUGGGAGGAGGCCGGCGCUAUCCAAGAGUGGUAUCGCGCCGGCCUUUUACGAGGUCUACCAUACCCCGUACUGUCUGUCGCUGAACAUUUCGCGGCAGAGCAUGAGGGUUUCGAGUGGGGUGCUAAGUACAGAGCGGCUGGGUAUACAACCACCAUGCUGCUUUGGACGGCGUUGGCGCUAUGGCUGCUCAUGAACCUCCUCCUGGUAGUGGUGCCUCGGUACGGCGCGUACGCCAUGGCGUCCUUAGGCGUGACCCUGUGCACAGCCGCAGGCGGUUAUUGGGCGUCCUUACCUCAUGUUCCUUUGAUAGUCAGACUUGAUGGAGCUAUGCUGUUCUUCUCGUUGGGCUGGUGCUUCUGGCUGGUUCUUAUUGCCGGUGGUAUAUGCCUAGUGGUGGGAUUGUUAAUAGCUGCAUUAGAUUUGGUUUGGCCACACAAGUUCUCGACGGUUCUAGAGGUAGACUACGAUACGCCGUACGAUAGACACGUCCUUAUAGUUGAUAGUAGGCAACGGGCACGACCGCAAACGCAAAGCUCCCUACCUUCUAGAAUACUCAGGAGGCUGUCAUCGAAAACCCGAGACUCGCAGCGGCAUGUGUCAAUGAACAUAGUCAACGAGAGUAGGGGGCGGGACAACCCAGCCUUCGCUCCCGAGCAACGUAAACCAAAUUCACCUUGGAGGUAUCCUCUGUUUAGACGGCAAAUUGACCGCGCGGACUCGGCAUCGAGUUUUGGGUCGAGUAUAAACGGUAACAGUUCCGGUAUCAAGAUGUCACCACUGGCAAGCCCUUCUUCUGGCUCAGUCACUAUGUCGCCACAGAGGUAUCGGCCUCAAAUACCAGCGGCGGAACGAGUGAAAGAUAUGUGGUGAAAACAAAAAAAUAGGACAUUUGAAAAGUGUAGACUUAUAAAAAAAAAUCUUCUAGACAAAAUUGCCGAUCUCUUUAAAUUGUGAAGGCGACUACGGUCAGCAGAAAACCUAAGUAAAAAAAGUAUUAUUUUAUUCAAAUGUAAACCUGAGGUGUAGUGAUAGAAUAAGUGUGUAGGGACUCUUAGAUACGAGUAUUAUAAAGUGAAGUGUAAAUAUGUACCUAUUAACUUUAUUAUUAGUACCUAAGUAAAUUAAAUAAAUAAAUUAUCAGUUCCGUCCAGUGUCAUAAGUAAAAUAGUGAAUAUAAAUUUUUGUACCUCGUAAAAUCACGUAACUUUGAUGUAGAUGUAAGUAAAGUAUACGAACAUUUAGACACAAGUGAAUACUUUGUGCCAUUUGUAAUAUAUUAUCGAAAGACUCUAUCACAUGGUGAAUAUGUACCUAUAUCCAUUCGCCUUGAUCCCUAUCGGCUUGCGUGUGGAUCGAGUGCAUUUUAAGAGUCCAUAAUAUACACCACUACUUUUUAAUUACUAACCAUAAAAAAUUUAAAAGUAAAUACAAAAAAUAUAUAUUAUUUUGGAUACGUAAUUACAUUUUUUUUAUUGAAAGUUUGCUUGUUUCUAAAAUAAAUAUAAAUAUAAUAAAAUAUGUGUGAACGCUAUGAAUAACGAAACAUCAUGUCAACGAAAGAAUGAAUGACUGCGUAUCACAUGUACGCUUCACAAUGUUUUGACCAAUUUUUAUGAAUAUUUUAGAAUAGGUACUUGAUAUACUGAAUAGGCAGAUUUUCUAUGGUGAUUAAAAAUUGGUGGUGUUUAAUUAAUUAUAAUAUUAUCAAAUAACCUUAAUAUGUAUAAAAUCAUACCCAAACUCUUAAACAAAAUUCCCAAAAUUUGAGAGAGUCGAUAGAUGCAACUUUUCAGAUUUAAUAAUAUUAUUGAAAUGAAAUUGUAACUUCCAAGUAUUUAAUUAAAUAUACAAACUUGAAAUUUGUCAUCCACGCUGCAAUUUACCUACCUAAUUAAAAAAGCGUAUGUUUAUAUUGUUUUAAAGGUUUAAACUGUGGGUGGAAAGAAGUCAUUUAGUAAUUACAUUUAUUUUUAAGUUAUUUAUUGUAAUAGUUGCCAAACACGUAGUUAAUAAAAUUAUCAUGUAAAACGCAUUAAGCUGCGUGCCGUGUUUCUCUCUACACAUAAUAUUGUUAUCAUCAAUACAAAUUCAUUGCGACAUUUUAAUCAUCUGCAUCACAUAGAAUUUUACAAGAAUAAUUAUUUUCAAUGUUGUGAAAAUGUGUUUCCAAUAGUGAUUAUGUAUUAGACCAUCUCUUCAUUAGUUGUAAAAAGUGAGAAAAAGAAAAGUUAUAUUUAUUGUGAUCAAAAUAUACCAAUUGAGAAC